GUUUAGUUUGUUAAACAAACAAUCUUGCCAUAUCUCUAUCUGAAGUACUUAUUUAACCAGUGUAAUCCACGGAACAAAUCUACAUUCUCUAACAUGACUACAGGAAAUGUUCGUCGUGUCCUUCUACCUAUUGAUGGCAGUGAUCACAGUAAACGUGCAGUAAACUGGUACUUGAAAGAGUUUAGUCGACCGAAUGAUUUUGCCUAUUUUUUCCAUGCAGUUGAACCGCAUUAUUCAAAAUCAUCUUCCGCUGAUACACAUGACGUUCAUAAAGAGUUAGCCACCAGUGUGGAUAAAAACAUGAAAAAUUAUGCAGAACUUGGAAAAAUACUUGGUGAACAGUUAUAUGAAGAUUUACAGAAGAGUAAAAUUGAAUUGGAGUAUAUCAUGCAAAUUGGAACAAAACCUGGUGAAUUAAUAGUCAGUGCAGCUAAAGAAAAAUCUGUCGAUGUUAUACUGAUUGGUAAUCGUGGUCUCGGUGCAUUGAGACGUACGUUUCUAGGCUCUGUUAGUGAGUAUGUCUUGCAUCAUUGUAAUAUACCGUUUAUUGUUGUUCCACCUCCUGUGAGUUAACCAGUGAUGAAUAAGAACCAGUGGGAUCACUUGUGUCCAUUUGUUUCUUUUACACUCUAUGCUUUUUGGUUUACAUUCCAUUAAAGUUUUAAUAGAUGUCAGUGUAUAUGACUUUUUGAAAGACUAUUAGUAUUGUCAAUAACAUUGUUUUAAUUGGAAGCUGUUAUUCCAGCGAAGAAUGUUAAACUAUCUGCUUCUAACUUAUUUUUAAUCUUAUUAUUCAACUCAUCAGAUGAACUAUAUGAACAAGACCAUAUAACGAAUGACAUAAAUGAAACUGAAAUUCUGUUUUGUAUUGCUGAUCUUUUCUCUAUGUAUGCUGAUAAGUUUCAGUUAUUAUUAAUUCAUAUUAAAAAUAAUUCAUAUACAUUUGAUUGUGUUAGAAAUUUUACAUGCCACAAUAUAUAAAAAGAUGGAUAGUAUUCAACAUCUGUGAAAACAGAAGACUAUAGGUGCAGCAGGCAGUGUCUAUCCUGA